AACAAUUGGCUCGACAAACCCAGCAAGAUUUUUGGUUGAGCAUAUAGUCACAAUGAGACAAGACUCACAAAGGGUGACAGACAGCUUGAACUUAUAUAAGCAAACAGCUGCUAUACCCAAUGCCAAAUAACAAAUUACUCUGUUUAUGCAAGUCAUUUGAACUUGUUAUGUAGAAAAAUAACAAGAAUGACCAUGGAGUUCUUAGGGAGACUCUGGAGCUCUUGUUGUUGUGAUGGUGUUCAAGCAUGGAUGAUAUUGAUCAGGGUUGGGAUUAUUUCAGGGAUAUUAUUUUUGGUGUGGAAUAAGGUUAGAGAGCACAGGGGCAAGAGGUCUGGUCUUCCUCUUGGCACCUUGGGAUGGCCCUUCAUUGGAGAAACUUUGGAAUUCAUAUCAUGUGGCUAUUCCACAAGGCCAGAGAGCUUCAUGGACAAAAGAAGGCUACUAUAUGGAAAGGUAUUCAAAUCACACCUUCUUGGGAGCCCCACAAUUAUAUCAACUGAUCCAGAAGUGAGCAAGGUGGUCUUGCAAAAUGAUGGCAGAAUAUUUAUUCCUUCUUAUCCAAAGUCACUAAAUGAACUCAUGGGGAAGUCUUCAAUACUUCAGCUGAAUGGAACCAUGCAGAAAAAGUUGCAUGGCCUCAUAGGUAGUUUCCUCAAGUCUCCACGGUUAAAAGAACAGAUAACUGUGGACAUAGAGAAGUAUGUCCUGGAGUCCAUGAGCGAUUGGCAGGAUGGUCAAAUGAUUUACAUUCAAGAUGAAACAAAAAAGAUAGCCUUUCAGGUGUUAUUGAGAGCACUAAUGAGUCUUAACCCUGGUGAUGAACUGGACUAUCUAAAACAAGAAUUCAAAAAGUUCAUUUCAGGUUUAAUUUCAAUUCCAGUGAAAUUCCCAGGAACAAGGCUUUACAAGUCCUUGCAGGCAAAAGCAAACAUGGUGAAGAUGGUGCACAGAAUUAUAGAAGACAGAAAAGCAAACUAUGACACCAAGAAAAGACAUGAAGAUGUUCUGGAUGUACUACUACACGAAACAAAGGGUGCAGCAAGCCAGUUCAGUAUAGACCUAAUCUCUGAUAACAUGAUAGAUCUAAUGAUUCCAGGAGAAGACUCUGUACCAAUGCUAAUGACACUGGCAGUUAGAUACCUUUCUGGAUGCCCACUGGCACUACAACAGAUACGGGAAGAAAACAUGAUGCUCAAGAAGUCUAAGGAAGAGAAUAAAGAGCUAGUGACUUGGAGUGAUUACAUGUCAUUAUCAUUUACACAGAAUGUCAUAACAGAGACUUUAAGGUUGGGCAAUAUCAUAACUGGUGUAUUGCGCAAAGCAUUAGAGGAUGUUGAGAUCAAAGGGUACUUGAUUCCCAAGGGAUGGAGUGUGCUCACAUACUUCAGAUCCAUUCACCUGGAUGAAGAGUUCUAUGAAAGUCCCUACAAAUUCGACCCCUGGAGAUGGCAAGAAAAGGACCCAUCAGGGAGUAGUUUUACUGCAUUUGGAGGAGGCCACAGACUUUGCCCAGGCGUCGAAAUUGCAAGACUUGAAGUAUCUAUGUUCUUGCAUCUGCUGGUGACCCAAUACAUUUGGGAAGCAGAGGAGGAUUCCAUUGUGAGUUUUCCAACAGUUUACAUGAAGAAAAGAAUGCCAAUCAAGAUCAGAAAAAUCACAUCCCACUAUUAACUACUCUAUUUAAAAUCUUAUGCCAAACAUGACAAUCUUUUGGUGUAUAAACUAAGGUAGAGGAUAUAAGAAAUUAAAUUAUGUUGAAGUUCACAACCGCUAAAGUAGGUCAUUAGAAUGCUAUAAUAGACAAUGAUAGAGUAAGAAGGCUGAAUACUUAAGUGUAAUCUUUGAUUAAAUUUGAAAAUUGUUAAUAGAUGUUUUUUUGAAGCUUAAAGAGGCUUUGGAUAAUUCAAAGUAAGUGGAGUUGGCUUGGGUCGUGGGUUUGCUUUCCAUUGGUCUUAGGUUCGACUCCAAGGCUUGGAUUUACUUGAUGCACAUGACUUACAAGUGGACACGUGUUGUAAUUGGAGUUUGAAAUUUUUAAGUACAUUUAUUAUAUAUAUACGUUUUUAAUUUCA